ACUUCCGGCGAAGUUGUCCUUGAUAGAUCAGAGUGAUAUGUUGCAUGAACGACGACGACACGCCUACUUAACAAACUUGCCGAGGGUGUCCGGCUCCGACAAGAACGUAAGAGGGGGACCAGUAUAUUUCGGGACGUUUGUCUAUCACCGUCAUGAUAUAGCUGCAUGAUGUCCGAGCUACGAAGAAUCAACGAAGUCCUGCUGCUGACCAAGUGACAAUCUCGGCGACCAAGCCUGUACCCUCAAAGAUGGAAUCUAGUCGGAUAAGGCCAAUAGUGCUGGUCAUACUACUAGCAUGCACCUGCGCGAAGGAACAGCCCAAAAAGGACAAGGCAAAUAUCGCAAGAUCUGAGCAGGAUCACAUGGAACAGCAAGAAACCACCUACUCGGCAAACACUUACCCUACGGCAUCUUUUCGGGAUUCCUCGAGCCAAGUAAAGUACGGCAAAAGAGGAUUCGGCAAAUCUGAGUCCAGCUACAUACACGGCGACGACAGCCACGGCAAGAGCAGUUUCGCCUCGAAGAGCGGCUACGACAGUCCCAGAUACUAUAGCGACCAAGGGGAAUACGGCAAAAAAUAUGACGGAGGAUACCAUGGUGGCUACGACGACUUCAAGACCGGAUAUAGCGGAGGUUAUGGGUAUGGAGGAAAGCACGGUGCCUACGGGGCCGAUGUGCGCGGAAGCUACGCUCAGCCAAGCUACAGUCCAGGUAGUUACAGCACCUACGGCAGUGGCUAUGGAAGUGGUUACGGUAGUGGCUAUGGAAGUGGUUACGGUAGUAGCUAUGGAAUUGGUUAUGGAAGUGGAUAUGGAAGUGGGUAUGGAGGCGGUCAUCAUAGUGGUUUCGAUGGUAGCUUCGGCGGUGGCUACAGUGGUGGCUAUGGUGGUGGCUACUCUGAUCGUCAGAGCCAGAACAGGCAGCGUUAUAACUACGGGUUCGGUAGUCAAGGGCAUGGAAGCUACGCAGAAGGACCUAGAAGAUAUGAUGGCUACGGCACUCAGACUAGCGCUCAUGCUAACCAGAGGCCAGGAAGCUUCUCGGGUGGCAGUUACCCGUCGCCCAGCCAGAGUUUUCAAAGAUGGAACGACUAUAAAACGGCUCCUUAUGCAGGUCCGACAGAUAAGCAUUACACUAGCGUUGGACCAGAACAUCUGAAAGGCUCUGCAGGUCUGGAGGACAAUACUCGUGCAGGUUUACAGUCCGGAAAACAGUAUGGUCCAGGAACGGGGGCGGGGAACUAUGGCGGGUCUGAAAGUCCUUCUAAUCAAUAUGUCCCCUCGUCAGACCGAGUAUUCGGUGGUGAAUUCAGGCCGUAUGGGUCAAAAGGUGAUUUUAGAUACGGUUCCACGGGAAGGUUUACGGGCAACAGGGGCACUGCGAGUAAUGCAGAUUAUAGUAGCUACGAUGAGAGCAGCGCGACGUACGGUACUGUUAGAAGGACUGGGUACCCUGGCGGUACCCGGGAGACUCAACGCGAUGUUAGCAAUUUUCAGGCAGCAUCGUGGAAGUGAGAAAAAUAAUGUUCCUGUUGUGGAGUUCAUGUAAUACUAUGGUGCGUCCAUGUCCUUAUUGAGAUCAUUCACAAGGUGCCGCUGUUGUCAGCAUAUGAUGUUUCUUCCCGGACCCCGUGUUCAUUAUUUUUUUAUUUAUUUAUCGAGAAUAAUAAAGCAUCUGAUUUUGUUCA